AUAAAUACAAUUUUUCUACAAUGUCUUUUUUCCCAAACAAGAUGUCUUCAAAAGCUACCAAAGAUAAUCAUAUCUGAUGUGUAAAUUGUUUGAUGUAUAAAAAUAUAUUAAUGCUUUUUUUUUUUGUAAAGACAUCAGUGACAAAGACAAAACAUUUUGGGAGGUUUUGUGUCAAACUUAUAUCAUCAGCCGGUAGUGUAGUUAUUGCUGCACACACAGCAAUCCACCAACCUGUUUUGACUUCCUUAUAAGGCCCAUAUUAGUUGUUGCUUGCAGAAGAUAAUGAACAUAUGCCUCUCUUCGGCUGUUUACAUGUGUUGUGGUACAUUUUGUGCUCAAUUAUAAUAUGCAAUUAUGUUCCAAUAUAUGAAUAAACAGAUCUCUAAAUCCACAUUACAGGGUCUUUAGUUUAUGCAUUCACUCAUUUUGCAUAAUGUGGGCGUGCUGGAGCCGAUCCCAGCUGAGAGAGGUGAGAGGUGGGGUACCCCCUGAAUUGGUGGCCAGACAAUUGUAGACAGGGCACAUAUAAACAAACAACCAUUCACAGCAACUUGCAAUUUAGGAUCUUUAAUGAACCUGCAUGGAUAUUCUUGGGUUGUGGAAGGAAACCGGAGCGCCUGGAGAAAACCUACACAGACACGGGAGAAUCCACAAAGGCGAAGCCGGAUAUGAACCCUGGUCCUCAGAAAUGAGAGGCAGACACUCUGACCAGUCAUCCCCUGUGCUGAUGUUUUUUUUGUUUUAUGUCAGUUGAAAUCCGUACAGAGAAACCGCCAAGUGUCGAUUGUACGGGUGUAAUUAGAAAAGUAUACAGUCGUCGUAAGUAGCCACAAUGUACCCCAUUGGACAUCCAUUACUUAUGAUAUUGAAUAUAUACCAAAUCAACUUGUGUUUUCAAUAACAAGGUCAGCUCUUUCUAUGGCAUAUAGAAUCGAUGAUGAAAAAAUACCAUCAUUUUAUCAAAACUGAAAAGAAAAACAAAUUCAACCUACGUUGUGAACUUGAACAGUUGUCCCAACACACAAUUCAUGAAACCCGCUCAAAUGUAUUCAUAUACAUAAAAAUGCCAACUCCAAGUAUUUUGUAGAUGACCCUCAAAAGUAUCCAGUGCGAUACUGUGUAGGCGAAACUCUCGCCCUCACUUGUCAAGUCAGACUAACGCCAUUUGUAUUUGGCACACAACUAUAAAAUAAUUAUAGAGGAAGUAGCGAUGCGUUUAGCACUAUUGUGUUUCUAGAAUGGAAGCUUCGCCGAGCCCGCAGCGCGACACGAUUUCCCCAUUAAGAAAGCGGCAAACAAUGAGGAAAACUACCUCUGGUGAGUCAACUAACGGUCCUGAGAACAAAACCGAACUUCUUUGAAGGAAGCAGUCAGCAGCGCUCCCUUGCCUCGAGUUCCCACGAUUCCAUUCAUGCCUUCCGUGCAUACCAACCAUUCAUUUGAAAGUCACCACGCAGGUGAGAGCAAAGCGAUUGCCUCACCCAUCCCUGGCCCGGCCUGUCAUGACGGGGCAAAGAGCCGCCUUCCGCCUGGUAUGAGAACAUUUGAUCGCACACAGGCCAUCGUGUCAUUAUCUUCAUCAUCAUCAUCAAUCUUCGUGAUGGUCACCGGCUGCUGCUAUUUCACCGCUGACAUGAAUCACAAAUGCAGCGACGGCGAAUUACUGUCGCCUUUUUCACUGGCAAUGUGGCCGAACCGCAUUCCCGACGUAUUUGUCGAUGGAGGCAGGAGCACGCCCGUGUGACAACUGUCCUUAAAGGUCCAGGUGAAAGCAGCGCAAUCAUUUUAAGACAGCGCUAUGAGUCACAUUGAGAAGUCACCGUAGCUCCCAAAAGGUGGAAUUUCACAAGCAGGUCAAAAGCUAAAAAGAAAAGAUCAAUAUUCCAGAUGAUGGCAGAACACGGAGUGCCAUGUGACGAGCAGGACGCUGCGUAUUGUAUGAAUGGCGGCACGUGCUACAAACUUGCCUCGAUGGAAACGCUGUCCUGCGUCUGCAACGACUACUACAAAGGGAGCCGAUGCGAGCAGUUCCAGCUCCUCAUCAGCACCUCCAACAAGGAGCAGGCCGGUUUAAUUGUUGCAGUGGUCCUUGUUGUCCUCCUCAUCUUAGUGGUCUUAGCUGUUAUUGUCUACUUUACACACAAGAUGCUGAAAGCCAAGCAACAGAAGAAACAGAGUCAGAUAGAAUAUUGGAAAGUCAAACCAAGAGUAUGACGAGUUCAG